UAUGCUAUCACAUCAUCAACAAAAAAAGCACCUGAUAAUUGAUAGUAUUAUAUAUUAUGGCUUAUCAAGUGUUGGUGAUUUGUGUGGUCUCCAGCAUAGUGUUUGCAUACAUAGUAUGGAGAAAAGAAAGGAAGAAAAAGCUUCCACCGAGUCCAAAGGGCCUUCCCAUCAUUGGGCACCUCCACCUUGUGUCCCCAAUACCCCACCAAGAUUUUUACAAGCUCUCACUCCGCCAUGGACCCAUCAUGCAACUUUUCCUCGGCUCAGUCCCUUGUGUGGUGGCUUCCACCGCGGAAGCCGCCAAAGAGUUCCUCAAAACCCACGAAAUCAACUUCUCCAACCGCCCCGGCCAAAACGUCGCCGUUAAAGGCCUUGCCUACGAUUCCCAGGACUUCCUUUUCGCAUUUGCACCCUUCGGACCCUACUGGAAGUUCAUGAAGAAACUCUGCAUGUCCGAGCUUCUCAGCGGCCGAAUGAUGGACCAGUUCCUUCCCGUGAGGCAGCAAGAGACCAAGAGAUUCAUCAGCCGCGUGUUCCGAAAAGGCGUUGCCGGCGAGCCCGUGGAUUUCGGAGACGAGCUAAUGACACUCUCCAACAACGUUGUGUCUAGAAUGACGCUGAGUCAGAAAACUUCUGACAACGACAACCAGGCUGAAGAGAUGAAGAAGCUGGUGUCGGAUAUCGCGGAGCUCAUGGGGAAGUUCAACGUUUCGGACUUCAUUUGGUACUUGAAGCCUUUUGAUUUGCAGGGGUUCAACAAGAAAAUCAAGGAGACUCGAGACAGGUUCGACGUUGUGGUGGACGGAAUCAUAAAGCAGCGUGAAGAAGAAAGAAUGAAAAACAAAGAAACGGGCACAGCACGUCAGUUUAAGGACAUGCUUGAUGUUUUAUUGGACAUGCACGAAGAUAAGAAUGCUGAAAUCAAAUUAGACAAAAAAAACAUUAAGGCCUUCAUCAUGGACAUAUUUGUUGCUGGGACUGACACGUCAGCUGUAAGCAUAGAAUGGGCUAUGGCAGAGUUAAUCAACAAUCCACACGUGUUGGAGAAGGCAAGACAAGAGAUAGAUGCAGUAGUUGGAAAAAGUAGAAUGGUAGAGGAAUCAGAUAUUGCCAACCUUCCUUACCUUCAAGCCAUUGUUAGAGAAACACUUAGGCUUCACCCUGGUGGUCCAUUGAUUGUUAGAGAGUCAUCAAAAAGUGCUGUGGUUUGUGGGUAUGAUAUUCCAGCAAAGACACGAUUAUUUGUCAAUGUUUGGGCUAUUGGUAGGGAUCCCAAUCACUGGGAGAACCCUUUUGAGUUUAGGCCAGAGAGGUUUAUCAGAGAUGGGCAGAAUCAAUUGGAUGUUAGGGGACAACAUUAUCAUUUUAUUCCAUUUGGGAGUGGAAGAAGAACGUGUCCUGGUGCUUCUCUAGCUUGGCAGGUUGUUCCUGUGAAUCUGGCUAUAAUUAUUCAAUGUUUCCAAUGGAAGCUUGUUGGUGGCAAUGGCAAGGUGGACAUGGAAGAAAAGUCUGGCAUCACUCUUCCGAGGGCUAACCCCAUAAUUUGUGUCCCUGUUCCAAGAAUUAACCCAUUCCUUACUAUGUGAUUAAAUGCUAUUCAUCAAUACCCAGUGAAAGAGAGAAAAGUAAGAAGAAUAAAUUAAUGAUAAGUAAUAUGACGUGAUAAGAAGAAAAAUAAUUAGUGUUAAUAAAGAGUUUUUUUUUUCUAAAAAAAACCUUUGCUUUUGAAACUCUUGUCCUUCCACUAUUAGUUCCAUCUAUUUAAGCAAUCCUAUGGGCAUCAUAGAGUUUAGUAGAUACUUGUGCUUGCUUUUUGUUGCUCUCUCCAUGUAUGAUAUCAUGUCAAAGUUUUGUGCACUUUUUAAAUAAAAGUCUAGAAUUGAGAUUGUUGAGA